UUAACCGCUUCUGCUCACUCCGUAACGCUUCGAGCAGAGGUGCGGUGGAUCAAUUCGAUCGCAGCAACCCGAAUCGCUUCUGCUGCUGCGGCUUCUGCUUCUGCGGCGACGACCCCAUUCAGUAGCCUACUGCGCCGGGCGUUGGUUGCGAGUCGCGACAGAGUGCGGUUUAUCAUUACAUCCGAAUACGUGAAAAACUGCCAAUCGAAGCAAACGAGGUGCUAAUGGGACUGUUUGUCUGCUCGAAUUCGAGAGGAACGAACAAUGUUUGAUCGAGCUAGGAAUAUGUGAAAUCCUGUGGUUACUACGAUGAAGUCGAUGCAGAAGUUCACCGAAUGAGUGUUUAAAAUAGAAUCGCGAAAAGUUCAGUGAUGUGUUUGAGCAAAUGAUUAGCGAAUGAAGCUCCCCAUUAAGCAACAGCUGGAGAGGUGCUUCCGGAGCAAGUGUCCCAUGACCGAUUAAGUGCGAUAUUGGAGUAAAAUCAGAACAUCCUACAAGUGUGAGUGUAUGUGUGAGGGAGAUUAAGCAUGACGGAACCGAAUGCCGAAGACGAGCCGGGAUUGAACGACCUGAAUGGCGAAGGGGAGCACACCUACCGGAAGAGAUCAUCCUGGUGGUGUUGGGGAAAGGGAAACCGCGUAUCGCAGGAGCCCGACUCGCUCAGCAUCAAAGUUGGCGGCGAGAAUCACGACAAGAAGCCCAAGCGCCAUGAAACGAAUCGCAUCAAGUCCACAAAGUACACCCUGCUAACGUUCCUGCCCCUCAAUCUGGCCGAGCAGUUCCGGCGGAUAGCGAACUUCUACUUCCUGUGCAUGACGAUCAUUUCCAUCGUUAUCGACAGCCCGGUAUCACCACUAACCUCGCUGGUUCCCCUGGUGUUCGUCAUUUCCGUCACAGCCACCAAACAGGCCUAUGAAACGUACCUGCGCUACCGGGCGGACAACAUGGUCAACUACUCGCUGGUGACGGUGAUCCGCAACGGUGUAGAAAUGGACAUCCGCUGUCAGGACAUCCGCCAAGGGGACAUCGUGCGCACCUCCCGGGACUGCGAUAUCCCGUGCGAUCUGGUCCUGCUGAAGUCCUCGGACGAAAACGGGAAAUGUUUCGUAACGACGGCCAACUUGGACGGAGAGACCAACCUGAAGACGAUGAUGGUACCCAAGGGCAUGCCGGAUCUAUCGGAGGAUAAGCUGCAUACUUUGGGGAGGAUCGAGUGCGAACUUCCCCGAACGGAUCUGUACACGUUCAACGGCAGGCUGGAGCUGACGGAGGUCCAUCACAGGCACGAGAUGACCAGCGUGGAUGGUGUUGGUGCGGAUAAUCACAUGCUGCCCUUGAUGGCGGAAAAUCUGCUGUUGCGGGGGUCCAGGGUGAAGAAUACGGAGUGGGCGAUCGGGUGCGCCGUGUACACCGGCCAGAACACGAAACUGGCGUUGAACAGCAAGAUGGUGAGCAACAAAAUGAGCUCCAGCGAAGGGUACAUCAACAAGUAUCUGGUGUUCUUCCUGGUGCUGCUGAUCGCGAUCGUGGUGGUUUCGUUCUUCAUGAAGCGGUACAACGAUCGCUACAAUCAGGGCCACAACUUCUACCUGGGCGAGUACAUGGCCACGUAUCGGGUGUCGCAGUUCCUGCAGGACUUCUUCUCGUUCUUGAUCCUGUUCAACUACCUGAUCCCGAUCUCGCUGUACGUGACGAUUGAGAUGGCCAAGUUUCUGGGUGGGUUCUACCUGGAGUGGGAUCUGGAGCUGUACGACGAGGAAACGGAUCAACCCUGCAUAGUGAACACCUCGGAUAUUAACGAGGAGUUGGGUCAGGUGUCGCUCCUGUUUUCGGACAAAACCGGAACCUUGACGAAGAACGUGAUGAUCUUCCAGCAGUGUUCGAUCAAUGGUAAGAAAUACAGUCAAAAGGGGCGGCGGCUGCAGGAGACGGGUCGAAGGUACGCGCUGAAGAUCAACGAGUGUUCGCGGCACGUAUACAACUUCUUCGAAGCAUUAGCAGUUUGUCACACCGUCCAGGUAGCAGGUGACUACACGAAUGAAGCGGAUGAUCCGGAAGCUGGCGAUCGGGAAGAGGACUCCGAAGACGAGGGUCAGUCUCCGGAGCCGAACAACAAUAGACCCACGAGAAAUUUUUCCAACAUUUCGGAAGAGAUUGAAACAGUUGCGUCCAACAUGUCCGUCGUGGAAGAGACGGACUUCAUACAGCUGCAGGAGCUCAAGCCUCGGAACCGUCUUCCGGUGAUGGCUCCCGUCCAGAAGGAGAACCGCUACAGUGCGGAGCAACAGUGGUCAGACGAACAAACUAGUCAGUUUAGGGAACGUAGUGGUAGCGGUAGUUUAAGGCCUUCCAGUGAUACGGUCGUCCGACGAUCGGGUAACUUUUUCGCAGACAACCGGGUUCAUCCGGCGAGUCUGCACAUUCCGCCCUUCAAGCGGACACCGUCGAGCUUGUCUAGUCGUUCUUCCCGGCCGCAAAGUUUGAUCGAGUCGCCGACCUCCGAGGAGCAGUUAGCGCGAUCGGGCGAGGGAAGUCUAUUCCAGAAUAGCAGCAACGGGCACUUGGACGGGUUGCUUCAGUCGAUCGAGCUGAAGCGAGCCAUCUCUGCGUACGAGGAGAAGCCGGUAACGGAACCGGUGGUGAAGACCCAUCGACGGACGCAGUCUCACAUUCCGCCGGGGGUGGUCAGUAAGGCUAAUGGGGAUCCGAUGGAUCGAGGAUCGUCGAUGUUGCGGCGGAAUCGUAGUUCGAUCCGGUCAACGGCUAGGGAGUCGUACGCGGCUGAGUUGUACACGGAAGCUUCGCUGGUUCAGCGACAGGAGUCGGUUAUGAAGCACGAGGAGGUGCUGACGUUCAUCCAGAAGAUGGACUACCAGGCGUCCAGUCCGGAUGAGAAGGCUUUGGUGGAGGCCUGUGCGAAGAUGGGACUGGUGUUCGUAGGUGACGACGCAGACGUGUUGCACAUCAAGCUGAGGGAGUCUUGUGUGAAGCGGAACGUGAAGUCCGUGUACGGGGAAGUUCCUCGGGAGGAGGUGGUGAAAUACCAAAGAUUGGCUGUGCUAGAGUUCACCUCGGAUCGCAAGCGAAUGAGCGUGAUAAUUAAAGACGCGCAAGGGCAGAUUUGGGUGUAUACCAAGGGGGCGGAGAGCCACGUGCUGCCGCUGUGCACGAAGACGUCGUCGGGAUUGGUGAUAUCUACACAGCGGCACAUUAACGAGUUUGCCAAGCAGGGACUGAGAACGCUGGCCGUUGCCAGGCGAAGACUGACACAGGUGGAAUACUCCAACUUCCGGAACGAGUUGAUACAGGCCAACAACUCGUUGACCGAUAGGGUGGCGAGGGUGGAGGAGUGCCAACGGAAGAUUGAGACUGGCCUGGAGUUGCUGGGUGCGACCGCUGUGGAAGACGCACUCCAGGACGACAUUCGGGAUACUCUGGAGUCGUUGCGGAAAGCAGGUAUCAAGGUGUGGGUUCUCACCGGUGACAAGGUGGAAACGGCGCUGAACAUAGCUCUCAGUUGCGGUCACAUUCCGGAGGAUGCCUUCCGGUACUUCAUCACCGAUUGUACGACCGUGGACCAGGUGCAACAGCACUUCGACGUGUUCGCGUUUGAGAUGUUCCGUGCGCCGGAGCGAGAGUACACGCUGUUGAUCGACGGAGCCAGCUUGGCGAUCGCGUUGAAGGAUUUGCGAGAGGUCUUCCGAGAUUUGUCGAUCAAGUGUCGAGCAGUGCUGUGCUGUAGACUAAGUCCGCUGCAGAAGUGCGAGGUUGUGCAGCUGAUGAAGACUGUGGAGAGCAACCCGGUGACGGCGGCCAUUGGCGACGGGGCCAAUGACGUGUCGAUGAUCCAGGAGGCCCACGUUGGGUUGGGGAUCGUCGGAAAGGAAGGUCGACAAGCGGCACGCUGUGCAGACUACGCAUUCGCCAAGUUCUGCAUGGUGAAGAAGCUACUGCUGGUACACGGGCAUUACUUCUCAACGCGGUUGGCGAUACUGGUUCUGUACUUCUUCUACAAGAAUCUGAUCUUCAUGGGGAUUCAGUUCUUCUUCCAGGUCGACAGUAUGUUCUCUUCACAAUCGGUGUACGAUUCGAUUUUCCUGACGCUGUACAACGUGCUCUACACGUCGCUUCCUAUAUUCGUCCUAUCGCUGACCGAGAAGCCUUACCGGGAGCAGACCUUGAUGAGAGAACCUUCUCUCUACCAGAAAGUGGCCGGCAAUAAGCAAUACGCGUGGAAGUACUUCAUAGGCUGGAUGUUCCUGGCGCUCUACCACUCCUUGGUCAUCUAUCUCUUCAGCUGGGCCAUCUGGGGUAACAAUCCGGUUAUCUACGCCUGGUUUCCGGAAACCGUCAACUUCGCCUGCUUCGGCACCAUGGCCAUCCACAACGUGGUUGUGGUUGCGAAUCUGAAGCUCCUUCUGGAGGCGAUGAACAAGAGCAUGAUCUUCAUCGCGUCCAUCUGGCUAUCGAUCUUCGGCUUCAUGGGAACGACCUUCAUCUACAACCUGUUCAACCUCUUCGGAUUCGUUUCCAGCAAUUACGACGGCGACAUGCUCCAGGUCUACAACAACCUGCUGUCGUCCUUCACCUUCUGGGUGUUGUGUUUCCUGAUCCUGGUGGCGGCCCUGGUGCCGGAUUUUACCGUUUUCGCCGCCAAGGCGAUCAACAUCAAAGUAGGCCACAUCUUCCCCGGCGGUGCCAAGUUCCGGAAUGCGUUCUUCCUGAGGCGAAAACGUACCUUGGAGAGUACGUACCUGUAAAUAGCGAUUGCGACUCAGUGAAGUCCGCGUUGAACAUUCCAAAAAGUAAUAGCAUGACAUGCUAACGUGCCAAGUUUGAUUAGUCAUUAGCCCUAGCGCUUACCCGAUAGGUUAGGUUUAGGCUUUUACAUUGUUUUUUUGUUUGUUUGCUGUAAAUUAUUGCCACUAGCAACGUAAGUACGAAUCGUGAUAGACGCAGUUCCUUCUCGCGACCGCGCGCAAAUACCGUCGAGACAGCGAGUUUUCAGUAUUUUUGAAAUACAUUUUUGUGAGGACUUUUACAUUCCGACAUUCCGAAA